AGUAUUGACUUACAUCCAAUUUAAUCGUCUAUGAGUCAUGACCGAUCGACAACGCAUUUUAUGUGUGGGAAUGUGUGUUCUAGAUAUUAUUCACAUUUGUGAAAAAUAUCCAUCGGAAGAUACCGAUAAACGUAGUCUAAGUGGGCAUUGGCAGCGUGGCGGUAACGCCUCCAACGUUUGCACAGUCCUGCGACAAUUGGGGGCCGAAUGCGAGUUCUUGGGCAUGUUAAGCACAGCGGCGGCAUUUAAAUUUCUCCAGCAAGACUGCACUGAGCGUAAUAUACACAUCGAGAAUUGCCCUAUGUGCGAAGAAAACCCUCCAUUUUCAACAGUUAUCUUAGCGACCAACACGGGUACGCGUACUAUAAUUCACAGUAAUCGAGGAUUUCCAAUAUUGAAGUUUCAGCAUUUUCAAAAUUUAAAACUGAACAAUUAUAAAUGGAUACAUUUCGAAGGUAGAAAUGUUACGGAAACUUCUCAGAUGAUUUGGGAAAUAAGAAAAUAUAGAAAACAGGCAAAAGACAGAGGUGAGGAGUCUAUUACGGUGUCUGUAGAAUUGGAAAGACUCGAUAUGGAUUUACUUGCGCUCGCUCGAAUAGCCGAUAUCGUAAUUCUCAGCAAAGAUAUGAGUGAGUUUUUAGGUUGGUCUACCCGUUACGAAGCAGUGUAUGGUAUGCGUCAAUCACUCCAAGAUUUACAAGACGCAGCAAAAGAGAUAGAUGAGAAAAUUGAAACAAUACCGAGUAUUGUGUGUCCUUGGGGUUCUGAGGGCUGUGCUUAUUUAAGCAGUGAUAGCUCCUACGGCAGUUUCCUGGCUAUACCCGCAACUACGGUAGUAGACAGUUUAGGUGCUGGUGACACGUUUGCGGCAGGUUUCAUAUUUGCUCAAUGUAUUCUAAAUAUGGAUAUUAAAAUGUCUGUAGACUAUGCCAAUCAGGUGGCCGGUUUUAAAAUAUUACAUAGAGGAUACGAUAUGAUAAAAAAGUUUCAAUAUCGAAAAACCUAAAAGUUAAGAUAGAAAGCAACAAAGAAACACUAACUAACUGAUUAAACAAAUUAUUUCCGUGACACCGUCCAACAUUCGAUUGAUGCCGAUUCGGAAGCCUAUACGUCGCCGAAAGCUGCACGAAGAUCAUUGGAGAAAAUAUUGAUUUGAUUUUUAAUUUUUUUGUUUUCUUUUUUGUUUUUAUUAUGUUAGCAAUGUAUUAAAGUAUUUCAUUGCAACACUUCAUGUAUGGCUAGCAAAAU